GGUCAUCAACUUCUCUGAUCUGCCUCAACAGCUGACUAUCUGAACUCAGCCCGCCAGUAGAGCGGCAGUGCAUAAUGUGAGGGGGGAAAGAGGGACAUGAAAGUAGGACAGAGGAGUCUAGCCCCCUUCCUUUCGAACCAAAGGCACAGAUUUGCGGCAGCGGGAGAGAAGACGUUAGACCUGGGUGGAGAGAGAAAAGACAAAGCCUUCUUUUUCUCUUAGGCUUGCCACUUAGGUGAAGAGGUCUCCGGGUUUCAGACCAGUGGGUCCACUUUGCAAAACAUUGGGUCUUGCAGGUUUCCAACCGACCAGAAUUUGCACCAACGGGAGACAUGCACAAGCGUACCAAGAUAAAGAUUGCCAUCUUCGUGCUGGUGGUGGGAAUGGCGUGCAUGUUCACGGCGGUGGUAACGGACCACUGGGCAGUGCUCAGCCCGCUGGUGGAGAAGGCCAAUGAAACCUGCGAGGCGGCCCACUUUGGCCUGUGGAGGUUGUGCAAGAAGCACAUCUACAUCACCCCGGAAAACUUUGCGGAGGGUCAUGGCUGUGGACCAAUCAGCCUGCCUGGAGAGGAAAACUGCACUUACUUCAGGCACUUCAAUCCAGGUCAAGAUGCUGAGAUUUUUGAAUACAAAACACAAAAAGAGUACAACAUUUCAGCUGCUGCCAUCUCCAUUUUCAGUCUGGCUUUCAUGAUCCUCGGAUCCCUGUGUCUGCUGGGAUCAUGCACUGGGAAAGGCAAAGGAAGAGACUACCUCCUCAAACCUGCAGGAAUGUUCUUCGCAUUUGCAGGUAUCUGCGCUUUCACCUCACUGGAGGUGAUGCGUCAGUCGGUGAAACGCAUGAUUGAGAGCGAGGACACUAUUUGGAUCGAGUACUACUACGCCUGGUCCUUCGCUUGUGCCUGCUCUGGCUUUGUCCUCCUCUUUCUCGCUGGCAUCGCGCUCCUCGUCCUCUCAAUGCCUCAGAUGCCCAGGAAUCCCUGGGAGACGUGCAUGGACGCCGAGCAGGAGCAAGAGUGAUGUCAGACGGUCAAAUCCAGCCAUGAAUGAGUCCGCUCUUUUGAUUUAAGACUUUAGAAAUAUUUUGAGAACAAGAGUUUUUUUUUUUUUAUUCCUGCAAAGAAUGAAGUAAAUAAGAAAAAUAACAUAUUGCUGGUGUUUGUGCAUCAUAGUCCUCUUUUCAAACAGUAGUUGAAUGGGGCCUUUUGUGUUAAUGUGAUUUCCUAAACCUAUGUGCUCAAAAAACAACUGAGAACACAAUUCACACACUGGCCUUUUGUGUACAGCUCAUCAUUCACAGCCUUCGUGUUUUUCUUUUUCUUGACAAAUUUAUGUCGACAAAAUAUUCUUAAUGUGACCAUAGUCUUACCCGGGCUCUCAUGUAUUAUUGUCAUGCACGUUUAGACACGAAUGGCCCUCGGGAUUUUAGAACAAGAUCAACAACAGCCUACUGACAGAGUAAAUUUGAGCUCCAGCUCCACAUAAAAUAACCCUAGUGCACCUAAUGUAUUUUUGAUGGCAUCGCUCAAGGACCUGCUCACCGACAAUGUCAAAUAAACAUCUCGAGGAUUAUUAAAAGAAGCUUCAUAGGUAACGAAUGUAGAAACAAGCAGUGGCUAUGAGGAGGUUCUUUGAGUGUGUGCGUGUCAGACUGAAUGCUAAACACCCCUCAGUCUGCAGCACCAGUCCUGUUGGAAAAGGUUCAGUUUUAGCAGGUGCAGUGCACAUACACAAGGCCUCUUACUUGUCUACAGCUCCCCAGUCUCACCACCGAUAAAACACAGAAAGUUUAAUGUACCCGAAACAUGGUUAACCUUUUAAAUUUUAGAAAGUGUUUAUUCAGACGUACAAUAAUUAUCAAUUCUGCUGGGAAAAAAAACAAGAGUGUAGGAUUUCUAACCCAGAAAAUCAGGACCCGCCAUCCUUCUGUAAUCCUACAUGCAGGAAGAGCUGUAAGGCAGGGAUAGUUUGGAUGAAGUUCAGUGAAGUUAUUAGUGAUAAUUCCCUUACCUGCAGUGGACAGAUUUCAUAUCACUGCGAGUUUGUUUUAAAAAAAACUAAAUAAAUCCUUAGAGAGCUGAUAAGCUAACUGCUCAAAAGUCGGAACCAACAUUUUAGCUGAUUUCAAGCUAAAACUGUAAAUGAUAAGGCAUUGACCAGGACUCAAUGUUAGAGGUCAUUAAAUGUCUACCCUUUCACAAGUUUGUUUACGGCUGUUUCAUAAGCCGGAUAACCUUGGUGUGCAAAAGUCAUGUUUGCUGAGUGCCGUCUCAUCGGGUGAUCUGCACGGGUCAUUUUCAAACGUCUAUAAGACCUGAAAGAGCACAAAAAAAAAAAAAAACACCAUGUCCCACACUGCUCCACAAAUGACAACCCAAUACUAACAUUUAAUCCACUGUCGGCAGAGAAAAGGUGACCGAUGCAGCCGACAGCGUCAAGGAGCUUAGGGGAGAGACAGAGAAGCUAAGAAAACAGCAGCUAUCCUGACAAUGUGUUGUGAAAGUGAGGCUAUUCAACCAAAUAAUGCCAAAUGUAUCAUUUCAGUACGAUUCAAUGUAAAGCUACUCCUGAAACCUCGUCCUCUUUGUUAAAGUUUGAACUUUCCAUAAAAAUCUAAUUCUACCCAUGAGCAAAAAUGCUACUUUUUUUUUGUUUUUGUUGAAUAUAUGCAUUCAGUUCGAUCUUUUUGAUUGUGAUCAUGACCCCAAUGUAUCACUUAUGAUAAACAAAUGGAAGAUAUUUGAGAGAGCCAGGCAAGUCAAAACUAUUACUAUUCUAUGGCAAAUACUGCUUGUAGAAGGCUUUAAUUGUGUUAACAGCGACUAAUAUAGAUUUAGGUACAAUGGAUAUAAACAUAUUCAAUUUAUAUAAUAUUUUAAAUUGCUGAAACUAGGUAGAAUGGGGGUCUGGCUGAUACACCGUUAGCCUUUGCUUUUCUGAGGAGCUCUUUACUUUUCUACAAGCUCAAUAGUAUCAAGAGAAAUUCCCAGAAACUCACAUAAAAUCCCAACUACCACUAAUGAGUGAUUUUUAAGCUGUUUUUUAAGUAAUUGUUGCACCAUCAUUGUUUAUGCAGAUUAAGCAUUCUUGUUGCCUUUCAAAGUGCAGUUUAGGAAACGCCAUGGGGGACACUCUGGAAAAAAACUAAAAAACUUUUUUAUUUUUUGGUUUUUAUGAUUUCAAAUCUUUAUACAUGACAUUCAAGAAAUAUAACUAAAAAGUCGUAUAAGCGAUGUGGAUGAUGUGACUGAAAAAAGCCUCCGAAUUUAUUUUGACCUUGCUGGACCUCACGCUGGAACCGGUCGGUAAUCGUAUGCAUAAGGUGAGCGGUGCAAAUGUUAAUUAAAGCUUUUUUCACAGAGCACUGGCAAAAUGUCAGAUCAGACUACACUGUUCUGUCAGAGCUGCAACAACCAGUAUCUUGACCUUUCUCAGGGCUAAAAUUUUGUGUUAUUUUCAGUAAAAUUUAUAUCAGUAUGCUAAUACACAGUGGCAGGCAAUAGUUUGGAAGCGACCGUUUAUUUAUAUUAGGUGUCUAAAUUGUUCUUCAUACUGUUUUAUGGAAUAAAAGGAAUGCAGUUUGGGGGAAAUGUUAACAUAAAAUGUGUUAUAGGUCAAUUGUUAUUCACUAUAUAAAUAUAUAUUUACAGCAUGCAAAUGAAUGAGCUUUGGAAUGGAGUUGAUUCUGUAUUUCUUACAUGUUGCAAAUUUCUAAGGAAAAUAAAAAAAAAUGUGAAAAACAAA